CGACAGUCGUACAUUAGUUUUAUUUCUGUUUUGUUUUGAUAUCAUAAGAUACAAAACUUUAUACCUAGUAUUUUAAAAUCUUGUACCUGUUUUUAUUUGUUACAAUGAGUUGCUUGAAGAAAGAACGGAAACCUAUGGUUCCUUUAAAAACUUUGGAUAUAAUAUUUAGACGUCGUUACGUUCCCAACACACAGCAUUACUUUGCAAAUCGUAAACAUGCCGUGGAAAAGGAUCCGAAGGUCAAAAAACCGAUGAGGCCCUUUCGCAUACCAAGAUCUGAAAAGUUGCUUUCAUAUAUAAAGUAUAGUGACCGAAAAGAAAAAGUAACUACACGAGAAAGGUUAGCACAACCACUAUUCUUAAAAGAUAACUUGAGAAUUGCAGCGACUAGAGAUAUAUCUAAAAGGCUUUUUGUAGAAGAACCUCCUGAUGACGUAAGAGCAGUCGUCGAGAUUCACCCUGAAUUUUAUACCGUGAUUGAAGGUCGUCCCUUACGAUGCUUCGACGACAUAAAAGUGUAUUUGAACAACAUUCGAUGCUAUGCUAUGAAUCGUCAACAAAUCGGAUAUCGACGAGAUUUAAUUCUGAAAAUAGAAAAAAGCGAUGUGGAAGAAUCAGAACAGUAUGAACGUAUAGUUGAUAAAUUAAAACAGCACAUUAAAAACUUUCAAACAUUUCUCACAGAAGAUUACAAGAAAGCUUGUUUAAAAGUAGCUCGAGCUGAAAAAGUGUACAACGAUUUAGUUGCUAAAAACUCAGAGUUUCUGGGUUAUGUCUCUAGUUUGACGAUUUUAAAUAAUAUUUUGUUUAAACUCGAUGCCAUAAGAAGUAUUUUAAAGACGUACAGAAGCUAUUUAAUGUUUGUAGCACCUUUGUCGUGGAGACAACAAUUUGAUGAAACUUUAAAAGGUCGGGUAAUGUCCAUUCAAUUUGAAGCUGGAGAAUUCGCUACUGAUAAUGACUUAGUAGAAUCUCUGGACAUUGAAAAAACAGUAGAAAUGGCUAAAGUUGAGUUAAAAAACCCAUUACCUGCUUGUUUAUAUUUUGAAAAACCGGAACAAAUGAUAUAUUUGUUCCGUUCUAUGGAGUUGCAAAGUCGAGAAUAUCUGAUACAACUUGCAAAAACUGAUGGUCCAAAUCGGUUGUUACGAGAUCGUAUCAAACAAUUAACACAAGGACAGCUUAUAGAGUCAGAUUACUUCCAAUAUUACAUUGAUAACAUCAACUUUGAAAUCAAAAGAGAAAGUUUUAAUGAGACGCAUUUGAGAGAUAAGUUUUUCAGAAUCUUGAAUGAAACAUUUUAUGAUAGCAUCGCGAGUCCUACGACCUUAAAAUUAAAAAUAUGUAUAGAGUACGUGUAUGAGCAAGUUUUCGGAAAAUGUGAAGAAGGGCACCAUAGCCUGCACGAUCCUCUCAAAAUUCUUGAAGUAAUGUACGAAGAUUAUAAUCUUCGGCUGGAUGCUUUAGACUUCCAGAUUGUCUGUCAAGCACAAAACGAUUUCUUCGCUCAAGACUUGAGAAUGAUGCACAACGCCUAUAAUGCGCAAAGAGAACUAAGAGCUUUCAGAGAAAUGACGAAUGCCAUGAACAAAGCAUUUUUGCCUCCAGCAAAGUUUGCGAGGCCGCCGAUUAGGAAAUUUAUGGAUAAGAAAGCUCGAUAUACUCUUAUGAUGGCUGAGAAAAAGAAAACUGAACUGUUAAGCGGAGAACGAGCGAAGCCUAAAAAGUAUAAGUUAUCUGCGGAGGAACGUGAGGGAUUGUUACUGUUUACUGAAUGGUGCGAGGGAAUGAAUCCGGCGCCCUUCUUAAAGGAAUAUUACGAAUUUGCAAAGCCUAUAUUUGAGUGGAUGCCUAGAAAAUCUACCGCCUAUCAAUUGGAUUUAUAAAUGUUUACACGGGUUUGUAUUUUGUUGUUAUUAAAUAAUUAAUCAUUACUGUUAUGUUUAUUCAUAAAUCAUUUUAAUUGGAUUGUAUU